AUGAAAAUCUAUUGCAUCUGUAUCGAUUCUUCUAUCUAUCUAUCCAUCUAUCUAUCUAUCUAUCUAUCUGUCUAUAAUUCCAUCUUUAUAUUCAUUCAUCCAUCUAUCUAUCUAUCUAUCCAUCCAUUCGGUAUCUAUCUAUCUAUCUAUGAUCAUCCAUCAAACAUUUUAAUAAUUGUUUUUAAAAAUCUAUUCAUCUAUCUAUCUAUCUAUAUCUAUCUAAUUCAUGUUUCAUGUCAUCUAUCUGUUCAUAUUACAUAUCUAUCUAUCUAUCUAUCUAUCUAUAAAAAUCUGGGGAAUCUACAUUCAGUCUGUAUCAUAUCUAUCCAUCUAUCUAUCUCAUCUAUCCAUCUAUCCAUCAGUCUGUUCCAUCUAUCUAUUCAUUCAUCAUCUAUUCAUCUAUCUAUCUAUCUAUCUAUCUAUCUAUCCAUCCAUCUUUUCAUCCAUAUCUAUCUAUUCUUUUAUCCAUCUAUCAUAUUCCAUCAUAUCUAUCCAUCCCAGAUUGGAGAAUUCCAUUCAUAUCUAUUUAUCCAUCUAUUUCAUCUAUCUAUCUAUCUAUCUAUCUAUCUAGGUUCCAUCUAUUUAUAUACAUCAUCCAUUAUCUAUCUAUCUAUCAUUCAUAUCUAUCAAUAUCCUGUCAUAUUUAUCUAUCUAUCUAUCUCAUCUAUCUAUCUAUUUCAUUCAAUCCAUCGUAGAGAGUAUCAUACAUCUAUCUAUCUAUCUAUCUAUCUAUCCCAUCUAUCUGAAUAUCAUUUGAAUCUAUUUUAG